AUGGGUGUGCUUCGAGGCGUUGAGUUCUCCGAUCGAACACCAAAUGGGUGUGAUUCUAGGUGUCGAAUAUUGAUUGACGUUUCGUUUUUCUAUGCGACGUUGAUGAUCACCGGUACACACGCUGCCCUUCUCACCACAGAAAUUGGACUCAAAGUGUCAUCAUCGUCAAAAUCUGUUCGUCUCUUUCUGCCGAUUAUCUGUUCCUCUGUUCUCACGACUGUGUUUUUCUUCUUUAGAAAAACGUCUCAAAGAUGGUCCAGAAAAGCCAACGGGUAUGGGCUCAAAAGAGAGCAGGCCUGGAUUUCGCUACGAGAUAAGCAGCGGUUGUGGUCAGUCUUCGUCACCCGUACUCUACCUGCAAAUAUGGCGACUCAAUUGAGCAAAAAACGAAAGUUUGUAGCAGAUGGUGUGUUCUUCGCUGAGCUGAACGAGGUCCUUACCAGGGAACUCGCGGAGGACGGUUACUCCGGCGUCGAAGUUAGGGUUACGCCCAUGCGUACCGAGAUCAUCAUAAGAGCCACCCGUACCCAAAACGUUCUCGGUGAGAAGGGAAGGAGGAUCAGGGAGUUGACAUCUCUUGUUCAGAAACGAUUCAAGUUCCCUGAAAACAGUGUUGAGCUUUAUGCUGAAAGAGUCAACAACAGAGGGCUAUGCGCCAUUGCUCAAGCUGAGUCUUUGCGUUACAAGCUUCUUGGAGGACUUGCAGUCCGCAGGGCUUGCUAUGGUGUUUUGAGGUUUGUUAUGGAAAAUGGAGCAAAAGGAUGUGAGGUUAUUGUUAGUGGAAAGCUUAGAGCCCAGCGUGCCAAGUCAAUGAAGUUUAAGGAUGGAUACAUGGUGUCAUCUGGUCAACCCGUGAAGGAAUACAUUGACUCUGCUGUGAGACAUGUGCUUCUUAGACAGGGUGUUCUUGGUAUCAAGGUGAAGAUCAUGCUUGAUUGGGAUCCUACUGGGAAGCUUGGGCCUAAAACUCCUUUACCUGAUAAUGUUAUAAUUCAUAUGCCUAAAGAUGAUGUAAUUGUUCAUCCACCAAAAGAGGUUGAGGAAUAUAGGCCACCAAUUGUUGCUGAUGAGCCAUUGCCUAUGCCCAUCAAAAAAGCCGAAAAUGGCUCUGUUCUGGGCUCGUCUCUCAUAAUCAAACAAUCAAACAAAGAAAAGAAUCACUCUCUGUAUAAUACGGCGCCCUACACCCCUACUCAUCGACAUCGUUUCUCCGAUCUCAUCUUAUCGACUCUCGCCGUUUGUCUCCGUGCUUGA